AUGACGAUCCUGGCAUUUCUCACGUUUGUCCUUCUGCUAAUGCAGCACAGCGUCUCACUCACCAGACCACAGUGUCACGGCUGUGAACAAACAUCCUGUAACUGCUCGAGACAAAACCUGAGGAAAGUCCCAGCAGCCCCUUCAGAGCUCAUCACUGACCUCGAUCUCUCAUUCAACAGACUGAAGACAGUAAUGAAAAAUGAUUUUGUUUCAUAUGCUAGUUUACAGUCUUUGAUCAUGAACAACAACAAAAUCAAAACAAUCCAAGAGCAAGCAUUUGACCCGCUGACUAAUUUGGUGAAAUUGGACUUGUCCUUUAACAGUCUGGAUAUGUUGUCUCCUGAAUGGUUUCAGAGCCUUUUGUCUCUUCAGCACUUGAAUCUUUUGGGGAACAAAUAUAACAUGUUGGGUCAAGGAAAUCUCUUCCAUCCACUGAAGAGAUUAAAGACCCUCUAUUUUGGAGGAGAUAACCUUCAGUAUAUCAGAAAGAGUGACUUCUCUGGCCUCGGUGGUCUUGAAGAGGUUAUUUUUGAUGGACAGAAACUGCAGGCCUAUGCAAAAGGCAGUUUGAGACAGAUUGGGCCGAUUAAAUAUGUAACACUUGGUCUGAAAGAUCCGUUUCAGAGAAAUGAAGCGCUCGUGGAAGCUAUACUGUCAGAUGUUGUUCAGCCGAAUACAACCCUGACAUUCAUUGACACAUCUUUCAUCACACAGACUCAAAUGUCCCCAUUUAGAUUGGUCAAUGGUGGAGGAACAGCAAAUGUUAUUUUUAAAAAUGUUAUCAUUUCAGUUGAAGCUGGUCUGGCACUUUUGAAUAUGCUGUCAGGCUCGAAUGUAACUAUGUUGAGGCUUGAAAAUACCAAAGUCUUGAUUAAUUUACCUUACAGGCCAAAUUUCCCGACCAUGGAGCAUUUGGAGGAGCUUUUCAUCAAAAAUGCCGAUAUCCCUCGGUUCUAUAGUUUUCCAGCCUUCUUUUUCCUCGAACCUAUGCUGAAGGUGGUACGGAGGGUGUCUAUGCUAAACAGCACGUUGUUCGCCAUUCCGUGUCAGUUCGCUGUCAAGUUCUCAAACCUGGAGUACAUGGACAUCAGUGACAACCUUUUUAGUGAUCUAGCCCUCAGCGAAAUGAUGUGCGAUGGCAAAGGUGGUCUUUGGAACCUGCAAACGCUCAACGUCAGCAGGAAUCACCUGCAGUCGAUCAACAGCCAGCUCUUCACCAAACUAGAUAAGCUCGAAAACAUUGACAUGAGUGGAAAUGCAUUCCAUAGUAUGCAUGAGACGUGUUACUGGCCUCCGAGUCUCCGAUUUCUAAACCUUUCAUCAACACAUUUAGGGAAAGUGACCACUUGUUUGCCAGUGAGUUUACACAUCCUCGAUGUAUCAGACAAUGCAUUGACCGAGUUCAACAUCGACCUGCCUUUUCUCACAGAGUUAUACAUCUCUGGCAACAGGCUCAGCGUUCUACCAGAUGGCCGUUUAUACCGUCGUCUCACGUUUCUCUUCAUUCAAAACAACAACUUACAGACGUUCAGCAGGAAUAGUCUAAAUGAUUACUAUCAUCUGCAGAGUCUAGAGGCUGGUACUAACACCUAUGUCUGUUCAUGUGACUUCAUAGCGUUCAUGACAAGUGACCUGAAGCAUCAUCAAGUCACAAUUGGAGAUGAGUUGAAGUCGUACAUCUGUGACUCCCCUGACGCCAUGAGAGGAAAGAGAGUGGCAGAGGCGAGGUUGUCGGUGUUUGAGUGCCACACAGCUUUAGCCUUUAGUUUACUCUUAUUAGGCAUCCUGGCAGUUUUUCUGCUCGUUGCAGGUUUGUGUCACAAAUUCAGUGUUCUGUGGUAUAUGAAGAUGACAUGGGCCUGGCUGAGAGCUAAGAGGAAGCCAAAGUUAAAAAUGGGAGAGCUCGAGUAUGACGCCUUUGUGUCCUUCAGUGAAAUGGACUCUGCUUGGGUGGAAAUGCAUCUGAUCCCGGAGCUCGAGCAGGCCGAGCCUCCUCUCCGGCUCUGCAUCCACAAGAGAGACUUUAUUCCUGGAGGCUGGAUCUUGGACAACAUCAUGGACGCCAUAGAGAAGAGUCACAGAACUCUGUUUGUGCUCUCUCAGCAUUUUGUCAGCAGCGAAUGGUGCAAGUACGAGCUGGAUUACACCCAUUUUAGACUAUUUGAUCAUAAUGAUGACACAGUCGUGUUGAUUCUGUUGGAGCCCAUUGACAAAGACACCAUCCCCAAAAAGUUCUGUAAGCUGCGGAGAGUCAUGAACUCCAGGACGUACCUGGAGUGGCCUGAUGAUGACGAGCAGAUCCCUAGGUUCUGGCAGAGCUUGAGAGCAGCUAUUAAAACACCUGCAACUGAUGAUGGACACUUUGAAAUGGACACUGUUGAUUUAUAA